AUGAGGAGAAAAACAAUAGCAAAGCGCAUCCUGUUUAAUGGAUACGAGGGAUUCGAGGAGCAUCAUGAAGAAACCGGCGCGAGGGAGAAUCACAUCCUCAGUCAAGAAGCAACGAAGAACAGAAAACGGAGAGGGAUAAAUGGAGCAGAGAUCUCAGCGUGUAAUGUUGAAUUUGUGAAGUUCAAAACAAGGGCGUUUGAGGUUGACAAGUCAAUAGGAGAUGCUACAAGGGAUGCAGAUUUUACUGUGGAGGAGUUCGGAAGUCUCCAAUCCCAUUCAAGGGCAGAGCUUAUUGCCAUGGUGCUGAGUAAGCAGAGGGAGCUGGACGGCCUCAGGGAGCAACUCAGGAGCCUUACAGCAUGUGGGAAGUUGGCACAGACUCUGGAAGAGUUAAUUGAGAGGAGUGAGAGAUGGCUGAGCUGUAGCAACGAAACCGCAACUCUAAGUUCUCCAAAGGUGCUCGAGGGAAGCGGGCCACCCAGUGAUAUUUCUCAUCCAACGGUGCCCAGUGGAAGAACGACUGAAUGUGCAAGUUCAAAUCAGCAGAGAUGUGGUCAGUUUGAGGUCACACAAACAGUGCCACAAAGGAAUGGAACACUUCUUGAGCAGAAAGUUAUCACUGCUGAUCUUCUGGAGCGCUGCAACACAGGGACCACCGCUCAAAAACUUACCAACGACCUGCUGCGCAGUCUGUACGACAGAGACUGCCUGGCUUCUCACUCUAUCUCAGGCAUAAUUAACGGCAAGCGAGGGAUGCCUAAACCAGCUCUUCCUGCUCUUGAGAUCCAGGCCAUUCUGAGGACAGUGCAACGGUUCUUCCCCGGAAAGACAGAUUCGGAAAUAAAGGGCUACAUUCGACAGAAGCUUCAGAAUGAGGCCAAGAGACUUCGAAAAAGGCCACACCCAGCUGAUGAUCGAUUGGUAGGCUCUUUCGAAGAGGCGGGAGCAAUGUUUGAGCAUUGAGUGUUCACACUUUAUCCAACCAAUGGCAGGCCGUCCCCGAUGAAUUGUGUUUGUUACAAAGGAACAAGCUUAACAGCUAUUGAAGACGAUGGUAGUAUUUUGUCCUCAAUGUAUUUGAAAGGUUAUUGUCUAAGCUAUAGAUUAUAGAAUAUAUGACCAACAAUAAGUUUUCAUCAUGUUGAUUACACAGAACUGUGACUUUCUAUUGUUUUGAUACUGCAAAAUGAGCAGUUUUGU